AGUAGGACAGGGUUAUAGAACAAGGUUAUUGUACAGGGUCGUAGGACAGGGUUAUAGAACAGGAUCAUAGAACAGGGUUGUAGAACAGUAUUAGAGGAUUACAGGUAAAUGGUACAAUGACUACAAUUUACUGUCAUAGCGCUUCCAUUUCAUAAUAGUUUAGUUAUCAAGUAGGAGCUUGUCAGGGUGUAGUUUGUGGUUGACAUACUCAUUCAGAGUAAGAGAGAGAACGAGUGGCAGACAGACCGACAGACCGACAGACAGACAGACAGGAGGAGGUGGUGUUCAUUCUGAAGUGAAGAAGCGAUAGAUAGGGGAGCAGAGCUCAUCCACGCCAGGUCUCAGUCCCUGAGCCUGCUUGGCUGGGACACGCCGGGCUGUAGAGGACACAAAGAAGGAGGAGUGGGGGUCAUGUAUGGAGCUUUAGGGUGCCAGGACACACACACAUGCCCCUGAGGACCGCCAGUGGAGUGGAGCAGGAGAGCUGUGGAGACGACCUUUACUAUGCACAAGAACAAGAGGAAGUGUCGCGUGGAGGGCCCUGGGGGGGUGAAGAGUAGACGUCCGGUUCAGAGGCGUAUGACCUGCCCCAGCCCCCAAGAGAUCAGCCGGGCCCUGCAGACCCCCACCCCCCUCCCCCUGACGCGGGCGGCCAGUCUGGACGAACUCAUCCAGCUCUGUCUACACUGCUUUGACUCGGAGGGGAGGCUCGUCAGAGGGUCCCAGAUGGUCAACAUGACGCUGAUGAUGCACAUCUGGGUGGUUCCUUCCCAGACCUUCGCCUUGAAGCUCCUGGCUCUCUAUAAGGACUGUCCUGUAGAGAAGGGGCUAAGAAGAUCCCAGAUCUACAACCUCAUCAGGCAGUGGAUCAGCCAGUUCCCAGCGGUGUUCGAGACUGAUCCCAGACUGGAGCACAUCAUGGGCGACCUGUGGACCCUGGUGAGGUCAGAGGUCGAGAACACGCACUCGCAGUUCAUCAAUUCUUCCUGCGUAAACACUGCAGUGAACAUAUCCCAAUCACCCUCACCUUCUGUGAAGAAGAGGAAAGUGUCCUUGCUCUUUGAUCACAUGGAAGCUGAUGAAAUGGCGAAGCAUCUCAGCUACCUGGAGUUCAAGAACUUCUGUAAUGUUUCCUUCCUGGACUACCACAGCUACGUGGUGCGCGGCUCGGUGAGGGACAACCCGGCGCUGGAACGUUCAGUCAUGAUGUGUAACGGCGUCUCCCAGUGGGUCCAGCUGAUGAUCCUCAGCAGGCACACGGCCCAGCAGAGAGCUCAGGUCUUCACCAAGUUCAUCCACGUGGCCCAGAAGCUGCGCUCCCUUCAGAACUUUAACACUCUAAUGGCCGUGACGGGAGGCCUGUGCCACAGCUCCAUCUCCAGACUGAAAGACACAGCCAGCCUGCUGCCGCCGGACAUCACUAAGGCUCUGAGUGAAAUGACAGAGCUGCUGUCCUCCAGCAGUAACUAUAGCAACUACCGGCGGGUGUACAACGAAUGCGUGGGCUUCAAGGUGCCCAUCCUGGGCGUGCACCUGAAGGACCUGAUCUCCCUGAACGAGGCCCUGCCCGACUACCUGGAGGAGGACAAGAUCAACCUGGGCAAGCUGCAGCACCUUCACAGCAACAUCAGCGACCUGCUAGCUCUCCACAGCCGCACUCCCCCAGAGGCCAACAAGGAUCUGCUACAUCUUCUCACGCUGUCACUAGACCUGUACUACACCGAGGAUGAGAUCUACGAACUGUCCUACACCAAGGAGCCCAAAAACCCCAAGAUCCAGCCUGUCGCUCCAGUCAAAGCUCCUGCCGUUGCAGAGUGGGGGUCUGGAGUCACCCCAAGGCUAGAUCCUGCCACCAUUUCUAAACACGUCAAACAGAUGGUGGAUUCCAUCAUGAAGAACUACGACCUGAAUCAGGAUGGCUACAUCUCCUUGGAGGACUUUGAGAAAAUAGCAGCCAACUUCCCUUUCUCCUUCCCCCACGAAAGUGACAGGAAAGGGGAAAUCAGUCGUGAAGAAAUCACUUCCUACUUUAUCAGGGGGAUGUCCGUGUGUGCCAAACUGGGGCUAAACUUCAGCACAACAAGCGCACAACAAGUGCACAACUUGCACGAGACCACCUACAAGAGGCCCACGUUCUGCGACAGCUGCGGAGGCUUUUUGUGGGGUGUCAAGAGGGGCUACCACUGCAAAGACUGUGGGAUGAACUGUCAUCGCCACUGUAAGGACCUGUUGGCCAUAGAGUGCAUGAAGAAACACAAAGUGUCUGGCAGUUCCUGUCCCUGCACCCCAGUACCUGACUUCAAAACCAAGGCUAACAGCUGGAGUUCCGAGGAGGACACCUUUAUUUUCCCUCAAAGCAACGAAGCAGAUCACAAUAGGGGUAACCCUACUGCGAAAAACAUUACGGAGGACUCGACACUCUCAGACGGUUCCACUCAAACAGAUCCUGGGUUCUGGACUCCUCAGAAGGUUGAAAAGAGUGGAGGACAAGCAGACUCUGACACACACAGACCUCCUCCAGAGAGGGCCAGAGGAGCUUCCAUGCCUGUGUCUGUGUCCUUCCUCCUGGAGAAAAUGGAGGAACUGGAACUCCACAGUGACAAGAGCAGGGAGCCUGACUGAGCAACGCUGCACUGGACACCCUGCCUGACACACACACACACACACUAUGGACAUGGACUCAAGUGGACUCUCUGGAUCAGACAAGCAGGGUCUCAGUCACCCAAGUGCAACUAAUAGACUCUUUGGAGAAAUAUGUGGUCAUAAAGUGAUUUUGUUGAAUGUUUUUUUCUGAGCGUUCAUUUAACUGUUUGGUUAUGUACAGUUGUUAAGCGUAUGAAUUUCAUUUGGAGGCUGUUGGCUUCUCUGGUGCUAAGCUUCUCUCAAAUCUGGGAGACCUUCAAGACAGUCAUAAAAAUGGACACACCGAACAGUUUCCAAUUCAACAACAUACUGCUUUAGAUCAGUUGCGAAUGUGAAACUACUGUAUUUACUAUUGCUGUUACAAAAAAAAAAACAUGUUUGAAAUUGUCAUCCCUUGUUGAACAUAUU